AUGCAUCAAAGAUACCCGUCUGGUCAUUCUACACCUCGUAAAAUCAAUCGAAAGAUCGAACUUGCUUCAAGUGCAGAUGAAAUCACGACAGGACAACGACGUCUGCCUAUAGCUGUAGGAACCGAAACAACAAAAACGUGGCCUGAACGAAAAAGAAAUAGCGGAGAUAUCAAAAGCAAAGACCUGGUCUGGUCUGGUCUGGUCUGGUCUGGUCUGGUCUGGUCUGGUCUGGUCUGGUCUGGUUGUACAACUUGCGGCGCAGAAGAGAAUAUCAAGAUGAAUGACGUGAUCUACAAGAGCUAUGAUCCUGCAAGGAAAGGACAAAGAUGGAAGUUCGAUGUUUCUAUUACUGUCGGUAUUGAAAUAAACGUUCAACAAAGUUUGCGCUGGAAGCAGUUGUGUUCAUCUAUCGAAAAUUUUGAACCUACGGAAUAA